AUGGCUGCUCCUGCUGCUGUUAUGGGCACAUUUUCAGUCACUGCUAGUUAUCAAGGUGAUAGUUUCCAUUCACUACCAUCUUAUUUGUCUGCUUCUUCUGAGAACUCUGAUGCCUCUGUUCCCGAUGAUGAUUCUGUUUUUUACAUGCCAUCUUCCUUUUAUGAGAUGCCUGAUAUUCCUCCUGCGGAGGAUAUGUUAGAUGAUCCUUCUUAUAUUCAUGAUUUUGUUGUUCCUAAUGUUCCCGAUUACCCACCAAUCACAAUGUUUCCCCAAACACUGUAUUUCAUGGUGCUGGCUCAGAUUCUUCUGAAAGCUCUGGUCACUCACGAAGCUCUGUUAUCCUUGUCUCUAAGCACGGUCGGGGUAUUUUCAAGAGGACAGGGUCCCGCAUACGCUUCUCUUCAGCUUUAG